CAAUGCUCUGCUGUGGAUUGUGCGACACACUGUGGAGCCACCGAGCUACUCAUUUGAAGCAUGGAUGAAACGGAGACUUUAGGUUUGACGGUGGAGGAUUUUUCGAGCGAACCUGAGCUCGAAACACUUAUUGAAGAGCUUAAGGAUCAAGACCUCACCUUUCUCAUCGGAAUAUUUGUUUCUUUAGCCGUGGUGAUCAUCACUAUAGUGCUUCUGAAGUUCCUCUGGGGCAGCAAGACCACCAGAAACGCGGUGCUGUUGGUGGGACUCAGCGACGCUGGCAAAACGCUCCUGUUCAGUCGGCUGUUACUGGGCAAAUUCAAGCGCACUCAGACGUCGAUAGCAGAAAGCAGCGCUAUCUAUAAAGCCAAGAAUGAUCGGGGCAGCAGCUGGACGCUGGUGGACCUGCCGGGCCAUGAGAGUCUGCGGCCGCAGUAUCUGGAGAAGUUCAAGGCCUCCGCCAGAGCCCUGGUGUUUGUGGUGGACAGCGCCCUGUUCCAGAAGGAGGUGAGGGACGUGGCCGAGUUUCUGUACUCUCUGCUGACGGACAGCGUGGUGGCCAAGAACGCCCCCUCCCUGCUGGUGGCCUGCAACAAGCAAGAUAUAAAAAUGACCAAGUCAGCCAAACUCAUUCAGCAGCAACUGGAGAAGGAGUUGUGAGUAUGACCUGUGUGUUUGAUUUUACCAUAGACUUGAGUGUUUUUGUUUA